AAAGCGUUCAUCUUGCAGUUUCUAAUGUAAACUGAAACAUUAUCAAUUUUUGUUUUGUGAAUUUCUUAUAUGCGAUGAAUUCAAAAUAAAACAAUUUACAAUUUAAAAAAAAUAUAUUUUUUAUCCAUACAAUUUUUUUUAUAAAAACAAUUAAAAAUGACAUUUUGAGUUAUUUAAUUUAAUAUAUUUUAUUAUAAAAUUAAAGACCUAAUGUAUAUUAUAUUACAUAUGAUUCUUGACAUUUCUUUUCCUGUUUUCUGUUAUAUUUGUACUCUUCAAAAUGGUUUGUGAACUUAAAGAUUUCUAAUUUAAUCAUUAGUUGUAUAGCUUUAAACAAAUUGAAAAUGUCAUUUUUAUUUUGGAAAUCGUAUAAAAAGUUGCCUAAAGCUUCGGCCGUUCUUACAAAAUAUUUAGAACAAUCAAACGAACCACCGUGGACGUCUUUUUUUAUUAAGUAUAGUUCCGUAAAUAAUGAUCAACAUGGUCUGUCACAUUUCAACUGGAAAGUAGGCAACAGUAACUAUCACAUUUUGCGGUCUGGAUGUUUCCCUUACAUAAAGUAUCAUUGUACCAAAAGGCCUUUUGAAAAUUUAAGCACGGAAGAUUCAUUGUUUUAUGUAUUGAAAAUUAUAAACUUAGGAAUACCUUUACUCGUGUACGGCAUUUCAGCGAUUUUUAUGAUAACAUACAAAGAAAAAGUCCAGACUCCCGAAGGAGAAGUGUAUGUUUAUUUUCUUUUAAAAGAAGAUAAAGGAUCUACACAUUAAACAUUUAAAAUUUAAAUAUUUUAGUAAUAAUAUACAAAAUAUAAUGUUUCAUAUCCUACUUUAGUGGUACGAAUAACUUAUUUUGGAAAUAUUUUAUGUAUAAUUCUAUAUUAUAUGUUAUGACUUAUAAUUCAAUAUUUAAAUGGUUUUAUUAUGGAAUUUAAUUAAACAACUGUGUAACAAAUAUAUUUGUACCGCAAGUUUAAAA